ACCCUAGCUUCUCCCUCUCACUCUCCUCCGCCUCCCCCGUCCUUCCCCCUCCGCCGCCGCAGCUCCUCCGACGUCGCAGCGAAGAUGCCCGCGGGUCACGGCCUCCGCUCGCGCACGCGCGACCUCUUCGCGCGGCCCUUCAGGAAGAAGGGGUACAUCCCCCUCACGACGUAUCUGAGGACGUACAAGAUCGGGGACUACGUCGACGUCAAGGUGAACGGCGCCGUCCACAAGGGCAUGCCCCACAAGUUCUACCACGGACGCACCGGCCGCGUGUGGAACGUCACCAAGCGCGCCAUCGGCGUCGAGAUCAACAAGCAGGUCGGCAACAGAAUCAUCCGGAAGAGGAUUCACGUCCGUGUGGAGCACGUCCUGCCGUCCCGUUGCACGGAGGACUUCAAGUUGAGGAAGAAGAAGAACGACCAACUGAAGGCAGAAGCCAAGGCUCGAGGUGAGGUCAUCAGCACUAAGCGCCAGCCCGAGGGACCCAAGCCCGGGUUCAUGGUCGAGGGGGCCACUUUGGAGACCGUCACUCCAAUCCCUUACGAUGUGGUUAAUGAUCUCAAAGGCGGCUACUAAUCGGCCUGCUCCUAUCUCAUUCCUAUUUAGUUCCUUCCUUGCCUUGCCCCUCUCAUUUCGGAUUUUGGCAGUUCUGGGAGUUGUUACUUCUUGAUUUUUGAGGAUUUGUCCAAUGAAGGAUUAUCUCUGUUUAGAGCCAGUCAUUUUAAGAUACUUGGGUCGGUGAUAACUAAUUAUCUGGUUAUUAUGUUGAAUGUUAUUACCAUCUUAGUUGUGAGAUUCUUAAUUUUGCUGCUUUGAAAUCA